UCUGACAGAAAUAGAACCAAAUUCCUGAAAUUAAAGAUCAUGUUAAAAAUUCUAACCCAUCGUCAAAUCCCCUAACUACUGAUUAACAGCGGCAAAGGCAGAGGAAUAAGUGAGUGCGCGCCUUGUGUGUUCAGCAAGCAGAAAACGUUCCUUAAAAAAUGCCCACUCGGUAAAGGCACAGCGACUUCGGAGACCAUCCGCGGGUCGCGCCACGCCAGUACGUUUGGGCCGCGCGGUACCGACCCAGGCUCGCUCUUGCGGGAACCCAAGACAGAUGGGGUAACCAAGAGCCACAGAGAGGAAGUGUUUAUUACCUGGGACGCUCUGGACAGGAAAGAGCUAAUGUGCCUGGAACUUGCAUUUUUGGACUUGCCUCCAGAGCCCUGGGGAUUUCCACCAGGAAGUCGGCACCUCCUCCGAGAAUCCUCCGGGCUGCUCGGGCUGCUCGGAGGUCCAGCGAGCUCAGGCGAGUCACCAGCUGUGGCUGUCAGCACAGGGCCCCCUGGGAGGCCGCGGAGGAAGCUGGCAGCAGCCCCAGCUUCUCUGCCGGGGAAACUCUUAACUGGUUCCUGAAAGGCCGUGGCAUGGUUCUUUUUCCUCCCUGAUGUGUUCUCUUGCUCUCUCACCAAAGAAUGACUGGACACUCCUAGAGCUUUCAGUCCCCAUCCAGGGGAUUUUUUUUUUUUUAACCACAAAGGGUAAUUCCUGUCCCAUCCCUGCUGUGACUCAGCUGUGACGUUGAACCACACAAACCAGAGAGAAGAAGAUAAAGUCAUCAGACGCCCUCUCACCAGGGAGGGCGGCCCAGCCGGCACUCAUCUCUUCUUAGCAGAGGCUCCUCAGCUGGUCCUGUGCCCCGAAGAGCUUGGACGGACCCCCUGAGGAAGCUGGGACCCCGGGAUGGCCUCUGGCUCAGGCAGCAGCCCCCACCCAGCCCCCGAUGAGAAUGAGUUUCCUUUCGGGUGCCCACCCGCUGUCUGCCAGGACCCACCUGUGCCCAGGGCUCUCUGCUGCACCACCUGUCUCUCUGAGAAUGUGAGGAGCUGCAAGGACCAGAUCUGUUCCAAAUGCAGAGGGGAUGGCUCCCAGUCGGCGAGCCUAGGGGUGAGCCCGGGCAGCCUGCUGUCUGACGAGCAGGAUCACCCCGAGGUGGUGGAACCUAGAGUUAAGUGCCCUUUUGCAAGUGUUGGCUGCUCCUUCAAGGGGAGUCCAAAUCUCAUGGAGGAACAUGAAGUCACCUCCCAGGCCUCCCACCUAAACCUUCUGUUGGAGUUCAUGAAGCAGUGGAAGGCCCAUGAGGGCUCUGGCCUGGGAUCCGGGCCCAUGACCCUGGAGCGGAAUCUUUCAGACCUGCAGCUACAGGCAGCUGUGGAGACGGCUGGGGACCUGGAGGUGGACUGCUACAGGGCACCCUGCUCUGAGAGCCAGGAUGAGCUGGUCCUGCAGCACUUCAUGAAGGAGAAGCUCUUGGCGGAACUAGAGGGGAAGCUGCGUGUGUUUGAGAACAUCGUUGCCGUCCUCAACAAGGAGGUAGAGGCCUCCCACCUAGCCCUGGCCGCCUCCAUCCACCAGAGCCAGCUAGACCGCGAGCACAUCCUGAGCUUGGAACAGAAGGUGGUAGAUUUGCAGCAGACCCUGGCCCAGAAGGAGGAGGCCCUGAGCAAGCUGGAGCAGAACAUGCGUCUCAUGGAGGAGGCCAGCUUUGACGGCACCUUCCUGUGGAAGAUCACCAACGUUACCAGGCGGUGCCACGAGUCGGCAUGUGGCAGAACCAUCAGCCUCUUCUCUCCAGCUUUCUACACUGCCAAGUACGGCUACAAGCUGUGCCUGCGGCUCUACCUGAAUGGAGACGGGGCGGGGAAGAGGACCCACCUGUCGCUGUUCAUCGUGAUCAUGAGAGGGGAGUAUGACGCCCUGCUGCCAUGGCCUUUCCGGAACAAGGUCACCUUCAUGCUGCUGGACCAGAACAACCGUGAGCACGCCAUCGACGCCUUCCGGCCCGACCUGAGCUCAGCGUCCUUCCAGCGGCCCCAGAGUGAGACCAAUGUGGCCAGCGGCUGCCCUCUCUUCUUCCCCCUCAGCCGGCUGCAGUCGCCCAAGCACGCCUACGUGAAGGACGAUGCCAUGUUCCUCAAGUGCAUUGUGGAGACAAGUACUUAGGGCAGGGCAGGGCGUGCCUGGCCCUUUGGGGCACUGCCAGGCUGCAGUGCCGGUGUGAGGACUGACAUCUGCCCUUGGUGCCUCCCUGCACGCUGCGGCACAGCCACAGCCCACAUGGCCUGAGCGGGACUGACAGGCCGGGGCCGCCAUCAGGUAGGGUGGGACCUUGGGCAGGACCCACAACAGCCAGGGGUCCCGCAGGAGGCCGUGGCUAGACUACUGCUCUCUGCACUGACCACAUCCCUGGAGCCCCUCCAGCAGGGCAUCAUGAAAUGGACCCUGACCGUGAUGGGGCGGCGUGGGGACUUGACCUGGGGCAUGAAUGGUGAGCUGAGAUGUGGGGCCUGAGGGAAGGUGGCUGCGGAUGGGAAGGUCACUGCAGGGUCACGUAAAGAACUAGAAACAAGUUGCUCUCUUCCUGCCUAGGCUCAGGGAGCAGAAAGGACUGGGGUAGUUUGGAUGCUGCCUGUCCUGCCUGGACUGAGUUCCCAGCGCUGCAGGUGAACAGAGCCAGAGGGAUGCCUGGGGGGUCAGGGCGUCAAAUUGGGAGUUGGGGAUUUGAAGGCCUUCAAGGUCCCUUCCAGUCCAGAAGGUGUCUGGUGCUGGCCCCAUGGCCCUGGCAGAGGAGGGGACAGGGCCUCAGGGUUCAGGGACAUUGAGGAGCUUCAUUGCUGCUGGGUUCCUCACUCAUGCUCCAUCCCAGCAGGUGGGAAGACUGGCCCCCACCCUGGGUCCAGCUUCACUUCCCCAGCAUGCAAGGACACCCCCAGCCCUGUGUCCCAUCCACUGCCUGUCCCACAGCUUCCCUCGGCCCCUCCAGGGGAAGCCAGGUCACCGGGCUCCCAGGGGUGGUCAGAGGCGCAGAGGAGGAGGGGGCACCAGCCCCCAACUGCCUGCCUGGAGGCCCCACCUUCAGUAUGUCAGACCCCCAGUCCACAGGAAGCUGAGGUGCUCACUUCGCUGGCUCACUGCUCAGGGCCUCCAAGCCACUAGCAGAGGUUGUCGUUUAAAGUACACAGAACCAAGAAUUGUCAAAGACCUCUGCCAGACAUCUGUGAUAUGAUGGUUAUGGGAGUUGACUGUUACUGAGACCAGGACAGAAAAGCAGUUGGCUGAGGUCUCGGGGAUACCACCGGCCCAGGCGGGACUCCACGGCUGGGUGCUGUCGGGAACACCACACUCCCCUGAGUCUCCUUUAUCUAAUGGGGAGAAGCCUCAACCUGUUACCCUCACUGGGGUCCAUGAACCCUAACAGAACUGCCACCCAGGAGACAGCGAGGCCCCUGCCCACCUGUGAUGCCCGGCAGUGGCCCACGCUUGUCUUCCCGCCACGGGCUCCCCGCAGCUGUGGCUGGCUGAGACUCUCCCGGACUGCAGCGUCCCUGAGACGUCACAUUGCUGCUCAGGCUCCAGGCCAGGCCCUCAGCGGUCUCCCCACCACCUUCCCUGGGGCUCACUCUCCUACUUGCUGAGACCAAGAGCCAAUCAAAUCUUCAAGCCUCAGAGGUUUCCUUUGUAAAAUAGGUCCUCGGCCCUGAGGUCCUCACAGAGGAGAUGAGGGGUCAGCUGCUUAUCAGCAACGAGGCCCCACUCUGGGGCCAAGCCGGAUGUCCCGUGCUUCUGCAUUUGAGUAUAGAGAAGACAUCUUCGCUGCUUCCGCCUGCGCGGGGCCUUCUGAAGGCCCAGGCGCCAGAAAGCUGCUCACCUGCCGCCAUUCACCUGCAUCCAUGGCAACUUUCUCCCGUAUGCCCCUUCUUACAGGCACAGACAGAGAGACCAAGAAAAAAGAAUUAUCCGGCUUAAGGGUUAUGAGGGAUCUUGAGAGGGGACAGGAGCCCGGACAAGGGUGCGCCCAGUAGAUCACAAGCGUCCACAGAAGAGGAGGUGAAGAGGUCAGAGUCAAUUUUGUUAACUAAGUAGGGGGAGAAGGUGACCAUAAAAAAACAGAGGGGUGGAGAGCCGGGAUGCGGCUGCCACCUCUAGAGGCUGGAAGAGACCAGGAAGGCACGCUCCGCUGGGGCCUCCCCUCCGGAAGGAGCAAGCCCUGCCUACACAGUUUGCCCCUCCGGCUCACUUCAGACAUCUGACCUCCGGAAUGAGACUGUGUGCCGCUGCCAGCCACUAAGUUUAUAGUAUUGUGUUACAGCGACAGGCAAAAACAAAUUCCGCACUUGAGGUGUGGUUACCCCAGCGGGAGGGCUGCCCUGCGUUGAAGACACGCACCCGUGUCUUGAAGACAAUGCAAACAGAAUUUAUUUAUAGCUCUAUACUGAUGACGUGUUGAAAUGAUAAGCAUCCCGGUAGAUUAAGGAAAU